AAGAUGUGCUGGUUCAGAAUAACUCGCUCAUUGUGAGAUAAAGAGACGACAAUUGCAAGAAAUUAACACAGACAAGAUUUGCUAAGUUUGGCUGACCCGAUUCAAAACUGGAUCCAACCGCUGAAGUCGGCUCAAUUCAACUUCAUCUGGAGAAAAUGAACUAAACCAGGUAUAUUCUAACCGCUACCUUAGCCAUUCAAUUCACAAACCACAACUGAGAUAAACCAAGAUGAUUUCUCGAUGAACCCACAAAACCCUCAAACGUUUCAUUUACCAUCACUUGAUUUCCAUCACGUAUAAUUUAGUUACUAUGCUCUUUCGUAACAACAAUAGAGCGUCAUAAUUUGGCAAUUAAAACAACACAUUCUACCACGAACAAACAUCAGACAUCAUAGCAAAAUACAUUCAUUUCAGUUCCAUUUCAUAAUUAUAUAUACUUCUGUAAUAUCAUUGCAAAAAAUCUAAAAAUAACCGAUUAUUGCUCGUUGGAAAGUUAUUAGAAUUACUUGCAGUAAAAGCGCACAUAAUUGGGAUAUUGUCGUCUUAGUCUAAUUUACUUCACAAGUUAAAAUCGAAACUAAAAAGACAAACCCCUUUAAAAUGAGCGACAAGGUCAAAACUUCUACAAGUCCUGCAAGCUCAUCCACCAAAAGAAUCCGGAAAUCAUUAGUGGUUGUUGGGGACGGAAUGACAGGAAAGAGUUGUCUUCUGCAAGUGUACGUGAACGGGGAUUUCUAUGAAAACUAUCAGCCGACUGUGUUUGAGAACUGCUGCAAAGAUAUCGAAGUGAACCACACCACAGUUGAUAUGACAAUACAUGACACAGCAGGCCAGGAGGAAUACAGCCAGUUGCGUCCAUUCUCCUACCACUCUGCAGACAUCUGCGUCAUCUGUUUCUCAGUGGACAAUCCAGACUCUCUGGACAACAUAGAGGACCAGUGGAUGCCGGAGGUGCGCAAGUUCUGUCCUCAGGCCAGGAACAUCCUCGUCGCACUCAAAAAGGACCUCAGAUACGACCCGGAGGUCAUCAAGAAUCUGUACAAAAAAGGGAGAAAGCCUCUAACGCAAGAAGAGGGUGUGCGUGUUGCAGACAGAAUCGGAGCCUACAACUACUUCGAGUGCUCUGCAAAGUACAAAGACGGAGUAGAUCAGAUAUUCCAAGCUGCAGCAGCACUAUCUCUGGAGCCAAAAACUAUUCAAAAGAGAUCGUGCCCAGUAAUGUAAAUUGCUGCGUUCAGGCUGCCGAUCGAGACCUCUAGAUGCAGAAAACCAAGAUUACAAAACCAUUUAAACUUAGAUUAUAAUUAACUACAAAGCCAUCAUUUUCUCGAAGAGCUGAUUUCUUUGUCUAGAUUUGAUGCAUGAAAAAUAGAUUAUUGUUAUAAUGUUCAUACAUCUCAGUUCCUAAAAAAGAGUGUACGGCACAUACGAUGACAGCUGUUAAGACGACCACCGCUUUUUGUGAGAUUAACACAACGCUACGCACAAAUUCUCCGAUUGUAUUUCUGAGCACUAGAUAUCGUCUAAAUUCUAGUUUAAUUUACGUUUUAAAAUUAGAAGAAAUACAAUUGAAUUUAAGU